AUGGACCAGCCAAAACGAGGUGGAGGACGCGGUAUGCGCCCCCAAGGUGGGGCGGGAUCCUCACAGCCAAACUGGAAGAAACCUGGUACCGGAGAACAGUCAGCGCCUGAAAAGAAGCCUGAUGCUGCCGACAUGGCCGAAGCAGGACCAUCUUCUGCCAAGGCGGCGCCAGUUCAACGGGGCGGUGGAAAUGGAGGUGGUGACGCUCCUGGACGGGGUGCGAUGCGGGGAACACGCUUCAUACCGGAUUUAGUUGUCACAAGAGUUCCCAACGCGCCGACUAAGCAGGGAGUCUCAGGUGACAAGGUGGUCGCAAAGACGAAUUAUUUCCGCUUGACGCGCAAAGAGGACAGUGCGGUAUUUCAAUACCGGAUUGAUUUUGAGCCCUUGGUAGAGGAUCAACGGGUGAUGCAUACAUUGCUUCGCACCCAAGGCCCUUUGUUUGGGCCAUACAUUUUUGAAGGAACUAUGCUGUUCCUUUACAACAAGCUUAGAAACGAUGAAGUCGAACUGCAGGUGAAGGACCCGCGCACAGAGCUGUUGUACAAGUUGAAAAUACGCCACGUUGGAACGGUGGACAUGACGUCUGACAAGGCGUUCAUGAUUCUUAAUCUCAUGCACCGGCAGGCGAUGGGAAGCCUGAAGCUGUUGCUAAUUAAUCGAAACUUCUACGAUCCCCAAGCAAAGGUUUCUGUGCCUCAGUACGGGCUUGAGCUGUAUCCCGGUUACGUGACGUCCAUUCGGCAGCACGAGCGGGACAUUAUGCUGUGCGUGGAGAUUACCCACCGCGUGAUGCGCACGGACACGUGCUACAAGGUGCUGCAGAGCAUGCAGCGCCAUCCGCCCUCGUUCCGGGCCAAUUUUUCAUCCGCAAUGAUUGGCGCACAGGUCAUGUCGACUUACAAUCAGAAAACAUAUAAAAUCUGCGACGUGGACUUCAACACCACGCCGUCGUCCUCGUUCUCGACCAAGCAGGGUGAUUCCAUCACGUUUGUGAAAUAUUAUAAAGAUGCAUAUAAUAUUACGAUUCGCGACCCGCGCCAACCGAUGUUGGUGUCGAUGCCGAACAUGCGACAGAAGCGCGCAGGUAUCACGUCACCAAUCCUUCUGGUGCCGGAACUAUGCCGCUUGACUGGUAUUACGGAAGAGAUGCGGCGCGACUUUAAUCUGAUGCGCAGCAUCGCGGACCAUACGCGUAUCGGCGCCGACAAGCGGAUCGAGCGUCUGCAACGGUUCAACGAGCGGUUGCAGCAGACCCCGGCAAGCCGUGAAGUAUUCGAAUUCUGGAAGACCGAACUAGACCGUCGUCUCGUGGAGGUACCGGCCCGUACCUUGAAGCAGGAGAGAAUCAUGUUUAAUCCGAACGAUGAGGGAGUUCCAGCUGGACCGGAUGCCGAAUGGACCCAGGCGUUCCGAAAUCAGAGCAUGUUCAAGACUGUACCACUCCAGCGUUGGUAUGUAAUUUGUGAAAGCGGAAAGGAGACUCUGGUGAAGGAUUUCCUUGGCUGUUUGGUGCAAGCGGGUCGCGGCAUGAGAUUCCAGAUCAGUCAGCCUCAAAUAUGUACGCUGCCAAAUGAUGCAACAACAUCGUACGUUGAUGCGUUGACCUCGAUCGUCAACAAAGACCCACAGAUGAUUAUGUGCAUAGUUCCGAACGAUCGCGCUGAACGCUAUAGUGCGAUCAAGAAGAAGUGUUGCAUCGAUCGUGCCAUUCCGUGUCAGGUGAUCAAGGCUCGUACCAUCACGCCAAAGAACGGCGCCGUUCGCACGCUGAUGACUAUAGCCACGAAGGUGGUCAUCCAGCUGAACUGUAAGCUGGGCGGCAUUCCAUGGAUGGUGAAGAAUCCGCUUACCAGCGUCAUGGUGGUCGGUUAUGAUGUUUGCCACGAGUCGAGAGACAAGUCGAAAUCGUAUGGUGCGCUAGUGGCAACGAUGUACGCGCCCAAGUACUUUGAACCGAGAUACUUUUCGGUCAUCGAGCGCCACGAGCGGGGAGAGGAACUCUCCAAUUUCAUGUCUUCAAACAUCGUGAAGGCGCUGCGCUCGUACCAGCGUGAAUUUGGUGCCAAUAUGCUGCCCCGCCGUAUUCUGUUCUACCGGGAUGGUGUUGGCGAAGGUCAGCUGCGUCACGUGGUUGAGCACGAGGUGCGCGCUAUCAAGGAAAGCUUGAUGAAAGUGUACGCGAACCACGCCGAAUAUAAGGCCCAACUUACGGUCGUGGUAGUUAACAAGCGUAUCAAUACGCGCCUGUUCGUUAACGGUAAAAAUCCUCCACCAGGCACGAUCGUUGACGAUACGAUCACACUGCCAGAGAGAACCGAUUUCUUCCUCAUCUCUCAAACGGUCAGACAAGGCACCGUAUCACCGACGGCGUAUAACGUCGUCUAUGACGAGAGCGGCCUUAAUGCGGAUCAGCUGCAGGUGUACACGUCUAAGCAGACACACCUCUACUACAACUGGUGCGGUUCGGUGGCUGUACCUGCCGUUUGUCAGUAUGCACACAAGCUGGCAUUCCUAACUUCACAGUUCCUACAUCAGCAACCCCAUGCCAUGCUCGAGAAACGAUUGUACUAUCUGUAAGCGGUAAUCCAUUGUCAUUCAACAAUGAUCCAGGGUUGUGCAGACGAAGAUCCACCGAAUGCAAUCUCUCAGUACAAUUGUUGAUUGAACAAAUUCAACUUACCUUAUUUUGCACUUUUACUUACGAACUAGAAGUAAUUUCUGGCUACAAGCCAGAAUCGUUUCGUUUCUAACUAUUAUUUUUUACGAUAAUCCGGCCGUAGGCGGAUUGAUAAUAUUAAGUUUUUGUUUACCAUUUCUUAUUCUGUGAACAAGCAGUAUCCGCAAAACGUGAAACAUUUCUUUAAAUUUGAAAAGUACUGUGCCAUUCCAUUUGGAAUUUCAAGUAAUCUCAAAUGAAUUUAUAUUGUUAAACAAUACAAGAAUUUGUAUCAGUGACGCAAAAACAUUGUGGGACGCGCACUAUUGGUAUUGUUAACAACAGUUUUAGCUGUUGAAUGUACGGAAUUUUCUAAAACUGAAUUACUUCAAUUUAAAUAAA